CACGAAUAUAACAUUUUCGAUUUCACUCAAUAAUCUGAAUUGUUCUUAAAAAAUGUAUUUAAAUAUAAGUAUUUCAACGACAUAAUUCCCGAACGUUUUAUUUUUAUAAAACAAUUCAGUAUUUCAUUUAGGUAGUGGCGGAUUUUCCUACAGCCUGUAAAGGCAACAUUUAGUCCUUCAAGGUGCUAGUAUAGCCGCUGCUACAUUUUGAGCAGAGUAAAGGGUCGUGGAACGUUAUCGCCAAGGCUCUUUCUUCUCAGAAAAUGAAAAAUUCGCAGAGGAGUCUUUCUGAGCUGCCCAAGAUGUCGGUUGCCAGUAAAGUGGAGAGAGCGGUGCUGGAGGAGGAAUUCAACUGGCUGCUUAAAAAAGAAGUGCAUGCUGUCCUGAAGCAGAUGGAGGGUGUCCUCAAGGAGGCAUCCAGACGUUUCUCAAUGCCAUGUCCUGGCCUCGAGAGUCAACUCAAGCAUGAAAAUUUCAUCCUUGGCAGUUCAACCAUGGACCAAGUAAAGGGGGUGCUGACACUGCAGGGAGAUGCUCUGACACAGGCUGACAUAAACCUCAAGCUUGCAAAAAGCAGCCAAGUGCUACACUUUCAGUUUAGAGACGACAAGCAGUGGAAACUGCAGCAGAUUCAAGAUGCCUGGAAUCAUGUUAGCCAAGCUAUUCAAAUGCUUAACAGUCGUGAUGAGACCUACAACUUCAAAACAGGGGCUGAGGUUAUCAAGUUGGUGGAUGCAGUGAUGCUCCAGCUGACACGUGCAAGAGGUCGCCUUACCACUCCAGCUUCCAUGACACUCACCGAGCUGGGAACAAGUGGUCUGAUGCAAAUGUUCACUCCUCCCAUGCCAGGAGACAUAAUGGUGAACUUUUAUAUCAAUUUAAGUAAACUGUGUCUGACUGUCUACCAGCUUCAUGUGUUGCCUCCCAACACUAACAAGAAUUUUAAACCGGCUGGAAGUUCAGUGUUGCACAACCCUGGUGUAAUGUUUGACUACAAAAACAAUCGUUUUGAAGUGAGCCAGGUUCACAAGGUGGAGUGUGUGGUUCCCUGGCUCAAUGACACACUGUUGUUCUUCACCAUUUGCUUGCAGCUUUGUCAACAGCUCAAGGACAAGGUGAAUUACCACAAUUUCAAAAAAUAACAUUGACUGAUUGAUUGUUAGAUGACAGGAAUGAUUGAUUGUUUAUUUUGUUUGUGAUGAGUUUAUGGACUCCAUGAGGCUACAUUAUGAUUAUAUAAUUUGAAAACAUUUUACAGGGAUUAAGUG